UAUUGUUGAUGUGUCACCACAUAGUGACUGGAGAGGAGAUUGUCGGUACCGACAGAGAUCACUCACACGGACCUGACACUUACUAUUUCUCACAACAGCUAAACAUAUCACGUUUGUAAUGGAUUUGACAUAACCGGCCAGUAGCUGAUGGAGCCAUCAGACUGUCUAGAAGAACAGACCCCUGCCUCUGACCCCACCAAAAGUUCAGAGGUUAGAAUUUUUCCAGAAGGGUCAACCAAUGUCAGCGAUGGGGGUGAGGUCGUGUUAAAGGAACAUGAGGAAGGCACUGAGCCGGACAGUUUUAAGCUGGACGGUACCAUUUCCGACAGUGUGGAUAAAGAAGGCCUGAGUUCUGACACGUUCAUGGAGGUCCAACAAGCUGCAAGCAUAGAAGAUACACCCGGUGAUAGGAACACUAGCUGUGACAGUAGAACAGCCUCCAUUGAUGAUGUCAGAUCUCCAGCAGCUCCCCUCGAUAAUGCUGCAGAGUCGUUGCCUGCUGUCCUUGAUGGAGAACUCGAAUGUUCUAGCCUUGAGGAGCCAGCAGCACGACAAGAUUCGAUACCAGAAGGUAGGUCUCCGAAUGUGGUGGAGGAAUCCUCUCCUUCUGUUCUCAACUGGAGAGAUGAGCUUACUCCCUCUGGUUUGGAUACAGUUGUGGAUAAUUCACUAGUCAAGAGUCACACAUUAGAGGUGCCAACAGAACUUCAAUUCCCAAUUAAUGGGACUCCUUUGGCUCCUGAUCAAGAUACUCCAUCUUCUCAGGGCAAUGAACCCCCUGCUUUUGCCAAUAAGCUCUCGGAAAAUUCAAUUUACCUAAACUCAGACUCCAACUCAAAUAUAAACCCAUACGACACAGACUGCAGCAGAAAGCUGAUGUCUGAGAUCCAGCGCUCUUUGUCUCAAGAUUCUCUCCUGGAUGAACUGGAGGAUGAACUUUUGAACACUCAGUCAGUGGGUGUCCGAAAGGAAGGCUUACCCAAUGGACUACCCAAGGACCAGAACUCCCUGGUUGUAUUCGAGAAGUGUGUCCAAAUCAAGUACUUCCAACAGGAGAAAGCCAUCAAGAGGUUACUUGAUGAAAAUAAGAAGCAUCAGGAGCUGAUUCUGGGCAUCUGCUCUGAAAAGGACAACAUGAGAGAAGAGCUGAAGAAGAGGAUGGAGAUGGAGAAACAGCAUCUUUGCAUCAAUAAGAAGUUUGAGAGCCGGGUGGAGGAACUUAUGAAAGAACUGAAAGACUCCAGAGACAGACUGGUUCACCAAGAUCAGGCUGCCAAGAAUGCCAUCCAGCAGAUGCAGAGGGAGAUGGCCUAUCGACUGGAACAGGCUAAUAAGAAAUAUGAGGAGGCACGCCAGGAGAAGGAGACGAUGGUAAUGAAGUAUGUUCGUGGGGAGAAGGAGGCACUGGACCUGCGCAGGGAGAAGGAACAGCUAGAGAAGAAGCUACGAGAGGCCACUACUGAAGUUGACAAACAGGCCCGACGAGGAAACUCACUGGCCCAGGAGAAAGGGCGCCUGCAACAGCUAUAUGACAUUAAGGAGAAUGAUGUGACGAGAGUAUCUCGCGAGCUGGAGAAAGUCAAGGAAGAAAUCAAUUCUCAUGUCAUCAAAGUAAAGUGGGCUCAGAACAAACUUAAGAGCGAAACAGAUGCUCACAAGGAAACAAAAGACAAACUGAGAGAGACAACCGCCAAGCUGACUCAAGCAAAGGAAGAAACGGAACAGAUCCGCAAAAACUGCCAGGACAUGAUUCGCACAUACCAGGAAUCUGAGGAGAUAAAAUCAAAUGAAUUGGACGCAAAGCUGCGAGAGACCAAAGGAGAGUUGGAGAAGCAAAAACAGGAGCAGACAGACCAGCUAGAGAUUCACAAAGCUAAGAUUAAGGAGUUGGAGGAUCUGAAGAGGACUUUUAAAGAAGACAUGGAUGAACUAACCACUCUGCGAACCAAGGUUAAGUGUUUGGAGGACGAAAGACCACGCUGGGAUGAUGAACUCUGCAAAUACAGGGAAAUCAUUAAUAGACAGAAGACUGAGAUCCAAAACCAGAGAGAAAAACUCACAGCCAUCACUAGACUAGAGGAGCAGCAUCAGAGGGAUGUGCAGGAGAUAGCGUCCUUACGGGAGGAGGUGGAGAAUCUGAACUCUCAGAUCACUGACCUGCAGAUGGACAUUGAUGGCAGCAGGACGAGAGAGGCAGAGCUUCUGGGUUUCACAGAGAAACUGACCACUAAAAAUGCUCAGCUACAGUCAGAGAGCAACAGCCUCCAGGCCCAGCUGGACAGACUGAACAGCAGCUCCAGAGAACUUGGCAGCAAGCUAGAGGAGACUGAGAGAUCCCUCACUGAGAUGACAGACAGUUUGAAGAAAGAAGAGCAGCAGAGACGGGAGGAGGUGCAAGCGCUGCAAACAGAGAGAACGACUCUGCAGACCGAAAUGUCACAGCUGAAGAUUCGUGUGGAGGAACUGCGAGAUGAACUGGUGACGCAGAAAAGAAAACAGGCGGCCAACAUCAAAGACCUCACCAAGCAGCUCAUACAGGCUCGUAAGAAGCUGGAGCAGGUGGAAAAUGGAGGAUGUGAUCGAGAGGGCAGCAGUAUGGGCAGCCGCUCUAGUUCAUCAGGCUCUCUAAAUGCACGGGGCAGCAGUAUGGAUGAUCGAUCUCCAGAGAAUAAGUCUGGUUCGUCGGUUCUGGUGGUGGACAGCUUCCCUGAGGUGGACAAGGCUGUGCUGGUAGAACGUAUUGUACGGCUGCAGAAAGCUCACGCACGCAAGAACGAGAAGAUUGAGUUCAUGGAAGACCACAUCAAACAGUUGGUGGAGGAGAUCAGGAAAAAGACCAAAAUCAUCCAGAGUUUUGUGCUCCGAGAAGAGACUGGAGCUCUGUCUUCUGAAGCCUCUGACAUUAACAAAGCCCAUCUUAGCAGGAGGGGGGGCAUUAUGGCUUCACUUUACACCUCCCACCCCACCGACAGCGGCCUUUCCCUAGACUUAUCGCUGGAAAUCAACCGCAAACUUCAGGCUGUGCUGGAGGACACCCUGCUCAAGAACAUCACGCUAAAGGAGAAUCUCCAGACACUGGGUUCAGAGAUCGAACGACUAAUCAAACAGCAACGAGUUCCAGAUGAUACAACCAGGAGGAAGUGAUGUCAUUUGAAGAGUAUUGGCGUAAAUAACACGUGCUGAGGCAUUGAGUCUGUUCUGAUGUCACUGAAGGAACCACCUUUUGAACUGGACUAAACUGAGCCAGACAUACAAAAACAUACACAGAACUUGUAUGAAAAAUGAAUAGAAUGGAAAGAGAUUACCAAGAGUCUUUCUUGCAACUCUUAAAAUAUGCCCAAUGUCCAGCCGCUGGCGUUUGCCCCUCUCUCUUCAGUACUGGUUUCUCCUUCACUUCCACUCUAGGAACUCAAGUUCAAUUUCACAGCCUACUUUUAGUAUAUGAAGUUGGGUAGAUGAAUAAAGAUAAAGGUGACCCCACACUCCAUUUAAAGAACAAAAUGUGUCUGACUAAUGGAGUCCCGCCAUAGUGAGCGGAUUAUGCAGCUCUUCAGAAGCUUUCGAUGACAAAUGCAGCUUUUCUUCAAUUCACUACAGCGCAGGUUAAUGGCCAUUGCUUUCUGCUCUCCCUCAUCCAAAUGUGCCAGUUAAUUAAUGUAAUGAGUAUUAUGUAAUGAGAAGGAUCCUAGUGUGUAAUCCCACAUUCUCUGACCCAAGAGUGUGGGCACCAAUCCUCGUUUGCACUGCUGCUAGGUUACCGCUACACCCGGAUAAUGCUAUCUUUACACUGUCCUUGCAAAGCACUUAAGCAAGAGGAGGCCAUGCCUAAAAAUACAACUCCUGCUCUGUCACAUAUAUGGUGUCUUUUUUUUAUUAUAAAAUGUCUUCUAUCUAGAUUAAGUUGCAAGUGAAUGUUAUUGUUAGUUGUUCCCCCAUCCUCCUGUGCUUUUUCCCUUUCUACCUCGGCUUAUUUGUUUUCAUUUGUUUUAAUGUUUUGUUUGCGUAUUAAGUUUUUUUGCUGCUUUUGAAAGGGCUGUUGCUCAUUUACUUGCUUCCCAAAAGAGAUGUGUAACAACCCAGUGAAAUGAAAAAGAUGUAAAUGCAAAGGGCAAAAGUGCAAUUUUAACAUCCCCACCACUGUGUUUGUCUGUAAAAAUCACUGAGCUGUAUUUACCUCGACCAGGGUCCCUUUGAGUCCAGCAAAUAUUCCCUUGGAACAUCCAAUUUUGUGGUGAUGUAACCAUAUGGUACACAAAAUCGUGCAGAGCUGAAUCCAUUCCAACCAAUGAAUUGUGACUGCCUGAGGCAUCACUGGCCUGGUUAUCCCUCCAUUCCUCUCUACAGGGGUUCCUUGAUGAAGGAUCACCUCAUUGGAUGCUGCUGAUGGAUUUUUUCAUGCUCACCUUAGACUUUAACAAGCUUGUGGAGGGUAGCAGUGGGAAUGAUUGGCAUAUCUCAUACCAUUUUAUUGGCAUUCUGGGUUGUCUGUGUUUCUCCCCCCUUGAGCUACUAUUAUAAGUAAAAUCAUGCCCCCAUACACUGUGAUAAAGGGUUUAUAGUAACUUGACAUGCUGCAACAUUAGGUUAUAUCAGCUGUUCCAAUGCUUGGAGUCUGUGCUGUAGCUCUCAGCACUCCCAAAUGCAGUGCAGAAAUUCCAGAAUGAUGGAUAAUGGAAAUUAUGCAAUAUUUGCAGAAAAAAUAGGCAUUUUACAUAGAGCGCUACUAUUAAAAUGAAGAACAUUCUCUAUUCUGUCAAUAAUUUAUCAAAGUACUUUACAUUUAUAAUGUAUUUGUCAUAAAGAACUAUGUUAGUAUGUAUGAUUGGGAAUGAUGAAUUGAAGAAGAAAAAAAGAUAAUGUUGAUGUUUCUGGUCUGUCAUCUGUGCUCUGCUUGAUUGUAUAGUGAGUGAAACUGUGAUUAUAAAUUUGUAUAUAUAUUGUACAAUGGUCUAAUGUUUUUAAACUUAUGAAUCUGGAUUCUUCUGUAUAUACUGUAUUGCGAUCAAAGGGGAUUAAAACAAAAAAAUCA